AGUAUUUUUGAGUCUAGAGAGAUUAUUUUUCUCCAAAUAACUAAUAAUUAUAAUGAAUGUUUUAGAUUUCAAAAAAUGUUCAAGAUAAGUAUAUUCUAGAUCUAGUCAGUAGACUCCUCUAUAGCCAAAUUUAAAUGUAUUACUUUUAAAUUUUAUACUUUGAAAAAUUAUAAAUGUCAAACUAGAGUUUUCCCAGUGUGGCCAACAAGCUAGUAAUUCUUCCUCCAAUGAUACGUACAUCAACUAUCAAGUUUCUAGGAACAUCAUUAGAACUGUCUUUGAGAUCCUUGUCCAGGUUUUUGAGACCACCCAGUUUCCAUGAAGAUGCAAGUUGAAUAGAGUAUUGAACAUGUUACACUGUCAGCUGCUCAAACAUAUGAUUUUUCUGAUUCAGCCAGCGGCAAGGCAUACUUGUGUGAUUAUUUAUUGCAAUGUUCAGCACUAAAGAAUAUCUUGAAAAGAAAACUGGGCCAUAUGGUGUUGGACGUUUGAGUUACUUACAGUCUCUCGUGACUGAGUUCCAAGAUACAUCAAGUGAUGAAUCCAAGGAACAAGUGCUAGCUAAUUUGGCCAACUUUGCUUAUGAUCCUAUAAAUUAUGAAUUUUUCAAAAAAUUGAACAUAGUAGAUUUGUUUUUAGACUGUCUUGAAGAAAACAAUGAAAAACUUAUUGAGUUCAGUAUUGGAGGUUUAUGUAACUGUUGUUUAGAUAAAGAAUUAAAGCAGCACAUUCUUGAUUCAGAUGGAGUCCGUUCAGUCAUUAAGUGUUUGUCAAGGCCAUUAGAAAAUACUGUGAUGUCAGCAAUCACAACCCUUAUGUUUCUUAUCACACCACAGUCUAAACAAGAUAUUACAUCACUGCCAGUAGUAGAAUGCAUGCUGAGAUUUUCACUCUGCAGUAACAAACAGUUGGCAAAUUUAGCUCAAGUUUUUCUUCAGGAUUACUGUAGCAAUGAACAAAUAGAAGAAGCUAAACAAAUUCAAAGAAAGUUAGCCAACACAUUCCAUACAGAGGAAGCCUGAUGCAUCUUGCUCACAAGAGUCUUAGUGUUUUUGUUAUUACAGACAGAUCAUUUUCAGUGUAUAAAAUACAGAUUUUUACUCUUUAUGAUAAA